AGGAAAUUCAGCUCAACUGAGAGUCCCACAAAUUGUUCUUUUUUCUUCUUUUUUGUCAUUUUUCUGUUUAAUCUUCAACAAUAUAUUCCUUUCUGCCUUUCCUUCUCUCUCUCUCUCUCUCUACAUCUGUCAAUGAAAUCGCACAAAAGUAAAACCCAGCAUUUUUAUUUUCUGGACCACUACCCCUUCCUUUCAUAUUAAUCCUCUUUUUGUGAAUUCACUUUUGAAUCGGAAAUUAUGGGAUUGCUCAUUUCUUUUGUAACUCAAGAGAUUUCGAUGGGUUAACCUCUCACUCAUUUAUUUUCUGUAGGGCAAGAGUAGAAAUAGAGAGAGGAGCAAGAACUAUAGCGGAGCUAUUGAGAGAGAGAAUGGAUGGCUUUGGUCGCGUGAUCAGAAGAAAGACUCUAGCUGAACGGCUAGGAUUGAAGAAUAUUGGGUGCUGUGGAAGCACAUGGGGCCUCCGCCCAACCUCCGUAAGUGAACGUGAUGACGAUGAACAAGAGUAUGGCCCAAAUGAACCACAAAUUGAAGUAAUAAGUGUAAACCACGCGCCUCCGGAAAACGAGGUAACCCCAGAGUGCAUCAGUCAUUCUCCGGCGGUGUCAGGGAUGAACUUGGCGGCGGCUUUGGCCGCGGAACGCCACCUCAGGGCAGCGCUAGAUUCGGAUAAUGGAGGCAUUGACCCAGGCCCAAGCCCAGAAAGGCCCAGUAACAAUGAAUGGUACGAUGGAACUGCAGGAACCGCACCUAGGACCUCAUUCCGAGUGUCGUUGAUGAGACUACUGGAAGAAACGGAUGGCUGGGAUGAAGAGGUGAAGAAAGAGGAAACAGGAGGACGACUAGAAGGUGGAUGUGGUGAUUCAGUGUGCUGCGUGUGCAUGGGAAGGAAAAAAGAUGCAGCAUUUAUACCAUGUGGGCACACUUUUUGCAGAAUUUGUUCAAGAGAGUUGUGGUUGAAUCGAGGUACUUGUCCCCUUUGCAACCGUUUGAUUCUCGAAAUUCUCGAUAUUUACUGAGAUCAGCCAGAUUGAUUCUUGAGGUUUGUGAUAGAUUUGAAUCAAACUAUGGUCAUGAAUUUUAUGGCAAUGUGGAAUUCACUCGUACGAAUUUUAAGUCCGAAUUGAUUGAUACUGUAACAGGAGAAAUCUUGUGGAAAUACAAUAAAGUAUUAAGUUUUCAUCUUGUGAUUAUUAUCGAAUAACAAAAAACUUCUUUUACCAGAUAAAGGAACUAUGUUUUCCCCCAA